AAAUAGCAAGUGAUAGCAAGAGAGCUUCGAAGCGAGCAAAAACUAGCUCUGGCUGACAGGCACCAUCGACGUCAUCAUCUUUAUAUUAAGUCAACUGAGGAGGUUUGAGUAUGGCGACUCAAUCAUCGGAUCCUCCUCCUCCUUCAAACCCUGCCGAUCAAAAUCCUGGGAAUGUACAGCCAACAAAUGGGAUUCAGCAAGAUGCUGAGGUUGAGGCUAUCAAGCAAAGUCCUCCAUCUGUCUUUGUGAACUCGGAACCAAUGCGAGAGGAACAAGUGCAGAAUGCUGUAAAGUUUCUUUCGCACCCAAAAGUUAGGGGUUCUCCAGUUAUGUAUAGAAGAUCGUUUCUUGAGAAGAAGGGCCUCACAAAGGAAGAGAUAGAUGAAGCUUUUCUUCGUGUGCCGGAUCCAACUCCAAGCACACAGGCAACCAGUUUGAAUCAAGCAGAGGGGCAGGUGAAAUCAACACCAAAUGCUCAGCCACUAGCUUCAGCACAAACUCUGCAGCCUGUAGCAGCUGGUCCUACUGCUGUAAUUUCUUCAGUAGGGACUUUGACUCGAUCUCGGUUUCACUGGUAUCAUGCUGUUUUUGCCGUAGGACUAUUGGCAGUUUCAGGUGCUGGAACAGUUGUGUUAGUUAAGAAUACUGUUAUUCCCAGGCUGAAGUCUUGGAUACGUAAGGUUGUGUUGGAAGAAGAAGAUGACAAUGUGAAGAAAACUAAUUUAAAGCCAAGUUUGGCAGAAGAAGCUGCGGCAGCUGCCAAAUCAGCAGCAGCAGCAGCUGUUGAUGUUGCAAGAGCGAGCCAGGAACUAUUGAAUUCAAAAAAUGAAGAGAAGAGAUACUUCAAGGAAUUUAUGAAAAUGCUAGAUGUGCAAGUACAGGAAAUGAAGUCAAUGAGUACUGCAAUACAUAGAUUGGAAGGUCAAACAGAUAACCGUGUGAGAAACUCUCUUGCUGAUCAAGAAGACUAUAGAGCCUUAGUUGCAAAUCCAAAGCAAACAUAUACCAAUGGCAAGACAGAGUUUGAUUUGCACUCAGGGGGAUCUUCAUCGCAGCCUGCAUCUGCUGAACCCUCUGCUGCACCACACCCUAAGUCAUAUAUGGAGAUCAUGGAGAUGGUUCGGAGAGGAGAGAGACCUGGCAAUAUCAGGGAUAUCAAUGAUCAACCACCCAAUCCUAGUCAGCAAAUUUCAAAUCCUCGCAUUGCGCCUAGAACUAAGCCAUGGGAGGUUGGUCAAGUCCAAAAUAACUCAAGCCAGGUGCUUCAGUCUCAAGUGAGCGGAGAAGAUUUGAAUUCCAAGGUACAAGACAAUGGUAUCUAUCAGUUUGAUGGUGAGAGCACUACACCCUGGUGGCAGCAGAAAAAUGCCGGAAUUGCAGAGAUAGAUAAUGAAGAUGAAGUAAAGGCUGGACGUUAUGGUGGACAAAACAACCAGCAACCAGUUAGGCGCACAUGGGUCCCUCCCCGGCCACCUCCUGUUGUGAUGGCUGAAGCGGCUGAAGCCAUCAGACGACCAAAACAAUCAAUUCAGAAAGAACAAUUGGAAGAUGAUCGAUCUGUGUCUCAUCCAACAGACACAGCUGAUGAGUUACAAAGGAUAACAAAAAUAUCAGAAUCAGGGGGUGCUGUGGAGAUUAAUGGUGGGGGGUCAGUGCUGAACUCAAGUGAGAUACAGGAGGAGCCAGAACAAAUCCAUGAAGGGAACUAAAGCAGGGUUUGAUUUGCAUGAUCUGCUUGAUACAAAGUACAGUUUGGUGUUUGAAACCACUGCCCGAGAAUAUGUUAGAUCAGCCUGGUACACAAUCAAUUUGAUUCUAAAUGUAUUAUGUGCCUAGGUUGUCUCGUUAGACCCUGUUUCUGAAGUUCAUUUUCACCAGAGAAUAAAGCUAUGCCUUACGAAUAAUGGAUAAUAUUUUUGUA